AUGUCGUGCGCGACAUCCAACGGCACUCGACUGCCAAGUGGCUCGCCUCUUCCUUCGCCAUCCUCGAGAGCGCGCAUCACGCUCCCCCUUCCAACCGAGCUUCGUCUACGCGUCUACGACUAUCUUCUGUCGGCGACCCACGUUCACGGCGUUCCAAACCCAAUUCCGCACGCCCCGGAGGGCGCUGACGGCUACCACCAGAUAGGAAUCUUUUGUCGCAAGCCCGCGCACACCUUUCGUUUCUCUCCUGCCAUCUUACGCCUCAACAAGACCACGCGGGCCGAGACGGAGCCGGUGCUCUACCGCGACAACGCCUUCGUCAUGGUGCAACACAACUGUGGCGCUCUCGAAACUUUGAUCCAUCAGAUGGGAACGCCAAUCGUGGCAGAUGAGGGGAGAAUCACCCCAAAGUUACAGAAUUGCUGCGUUCUCCAAGUCGAGAUCCGAGACAUUGUUGUUCCCGAGUGUAAGACCAUUCCGAAAGUUCCAAAGUUCAUCAUGUUGCUGGACGACCUCCUAAAGCUUUGUCGAGCUUUGCGACUCCUUCAUUCCAGCGCAUAUGCCACGGCGCUGGCAAGAAUACCAGGACAUCAGAGCGGGUCGCAUACGUCCAACGUGGCUCCAUGGCCAGGAUCUGCGCGUCUCACCAUCACCCAGGUUCGAGCUUUCAACGCAAAGCCUCUGUCCUCACAACAAGCCCAGAGGCUAUAUCUUAACCCAUUCCUCGUAUGCAAUGCGGGCCAGCUUGACAUAUCACUCGUCAACUUUGAUCACUCUUCCAACCAUGCCGAAAGCCUCCAGCGCGCUAUUGCACCAAAACACGGUCUUUGGGUCAACGCGUGGUCCUGGAAGGUACUGCAAAACACCCACGAGGCCAUCGAGGAGAUCAAGGUCGCACUCGGCAACAAGCAGUUCGGCAUGGCGGAAUCUCUUGCAUUCGCGCAGACAAUGUCCUGGUGGCGAAUCUCGGCCCAACUUGACCCUGCGCAAGCUUUGGGAAAUCCUCACAUAGUGGAGCCACUCUGCCGGUAUAUGAUCCUGCUCAUGGACUUGAACACAUUUCUAGCGGUUCUUCAACUACGCAAAGGCGGAUGGGAAGCCGCGGAUCUUUGCCUUGAAAACUUGGAGUGCUUCGGCGAGAUGAUCUACGACAAGCUCGGGAGUACUUGUCGAUAUCUAGCUAAUAUCGACUAUCCUGAUCCUCUUGUGGACGUGAUUGGAGAGUUUCGUCGGCACCCUGGUUAUCUGUGGGUCAGGGCAGUCCUCGAUCUUUUGAACAUCGAGGACGUCAGGUCCGCAAGUGGAAUGGACAAGUUGACCAAGGCGGCCGGGAACUUGCGGCUGCUCAAUUACACUGAUGGGGCUGAUUCAAAGUGGGUGGAUGAUGCUGCUGCUGUCCAAAAGUUACAUCUCGAUGCCAAGGACUCAUCCCUCCUCGACCUGCCAAAGUACUCGCAGCGUGGCAUAUUCAACAUGCUCAAAUUGACAGAGGACUCCAUGGUGGAACUGUCACUCACACCAGGCAUCUUGGACUAUAAGGUGCCGGAGGGGAUGAUUGGAUGGACUGAUACGAUCCGUCAACGUGCUAUUGAUAAUCAGAAGAAGAACAAGAUAGGCCCCUCCAUUUGA